UCUAAACAAGAGCGUCGUACAUUAUUGGUGGGAAAUUGUUGUGUACGAUCUCUUAAAAAAAUUAAAUUUAUUAAAUUUAAUAAUAUAAAAGAAAACAAGCUAUUGCAGAAAAUUAAACUAAAGCAAAUAGUUAAAAUAUGCAAUUAAAAUGUUUUAAAUAAAGUUUAAUAUACACGAUAUAUUAAGUGAUAGUGAAAAAGUGACGUCAUACUUAUUUAUAGUCAAUUUCCAAUAAGAAAAAUCUGUUUAAUACUAAAAUAGCUCUGGAGGAAUACACACAAGAUUAAAAAUAGUAUCAUUUGUUUAUAUUUUCUAAAAGAAGGAAAAUUGGGAAUUGCAGUAAGCAUAUAUAGAUACAUAUAUACUUAGGUGGCUUUAGUUAGAAGUAGGCCUACCUAAGAAUAUUGUAAUGUCUAAUAUGGCAGUAUAAAUACAGCCACCCCCUAAAGUACCACAACUUACUACUUCCUUCCCUACUGUAAACCACAAUAUUAUACCUACAAAAUACUCAAAGUAAUAAACCCCUGGACUUCCAAACAAAAAAAAAAAAAAAAACAAACCACUAAAAUGAAUCGUUCUGAUUCUAUAAGACGAGAUCGUUCAUUCGAUAGUGUUCUCAAUAAGUUAAUGCGCAUGCGUUCGCAGAAUCAUGAAAGCUUUAAAGCGGCCAUGUAUAAUUUCCUAAUUGCUGCUGGUAUAGCAGCAUUUAUAGCAGUUUGUUUUAUACUCGGUCCAUUUGUACGUCCUCUACUAUGGGCUUUUCUAAUGGGUGCGGUAUUAUUUCCGUUUAAGAGAAAAUUAGCGCAAUUAUUAAAUGGUUGGUUUGAGAGGCUGGAGGAACGUGAUUCAAAUGUUUUAGUAGCUUUAAGUUUGGCACCAUUAGAAGCGACUGAAAACUGUGGUAGAUUUCUGGUGGAUUGGUUAAAGGAGCACUGGCAGGUUAUAACAGCCGGUGUGGGUAUAGCUACCUGCAUGAAAUUACUGGUACUAUAUGCUCCUAAAGGAUUCUUAUGCGCUGUUUGGCGUAUAAUCGUAUUCUCUCAUUCGCUGUUUGUGCAAAUGAUUGGCUUUUUGAAUAUAUAUUUGCUAGCCGCUAUUGUUGCUGUCUAUUUAACAUCUGUCUAUUUCUUUUGGAAACCCUCCAAUAGCAAUCGUUUUAUUAUUGCUGGCCAGUCAUUAUGGAUUGCUAUAAUAAGUUAUGUUUGUAGUUUUUUGGGAGCUCUACAAGUACCUGUUUUUAUAAUGAUUAUGUUAUAUGUGGGUGCCUCUAUAAUUUAUCAUUUACGCACUACCGAAGAAUCAAGUACUAUUGUGGAAAAGUUGAAGAAACUUUUGGAUAAAACAGAUUUUGAAAAAUCUAUUAGUGCAUUGAAUUUUAAAAACGUUAGCCAACAUUCCGACAUUGAAGAUGUAUCAUUUAGUGAAACAAUGGAUUCGGUAGAAACAUUAGAGGCCUAUGAGGUUAAAGAGGACAUUACUGAAGAGCAUCAGAACUUAAGUGACACGUAUUUUAAAUUCUUAUUCUAUGCCUGCAUAAUAACAUUCCUAUAUCGUAAUGUUUGGAUGUUUAUAUUGGCGGCUAUACCCAUAUUUAUGCAUUUAAUGUUUACUUUGGGUAAAUAUACAGGUUUUACUGAUUUCAUAAGUGCCAAGAUUAAUGAUGUUUAUGAAAAGAUAAAGUCUUGGGCCAUUGAACAUCAUUCAGCUGUUUUGCCUCUUUGUCUUCCGGGUAUUUUAGAAUUGAAUUAUAAAAUCAAUACGGUGGUACGUGACUCUCUUAAAUCUUCGGUGGAUUUGGUUACUUCAAUUUUAAUGAUUAUUUUAAUGAUAUUGAUUAUUGUUUUCUUGGGUGUUUUCUUUUGUGUCAAUAUAUAUUCGGAAACCAUUGAGGUGGCCUAUUUGGGCAAAGAUCUUAUUAACAAAACUAUAACAGACCGUCCAGAAUUAAUUGAUAUUUUACCCGCCAAUAUGCAAUCAUCCAUUGAUGAUGCCCUAGACAAUGCUCAUCAUUAUGGACGUCGUAAAAUUGAAACUUAUAUUGAUGAUUGGCUUACCGAUGCCGAUCCCAUACAUGCAACUAAACUUAAAGAACAAAUUUUAGAUGUUUGGGAUCGUUUAAUACAAUAUUGGAUAGAUUUUAAUAAAUCCGAUUCAUAUGGACCGCGUGUGCCCACCGAUGCUCUUAAGAGUACAUUUGGUGAAAUUGUCGAUAAUCCGGGACAUUUUAAAGAGCUAGUUUUAGUGGCGAAACAGGGCAUCAUUGGCUGGGCCAAAAGCAACACACAAACCAUAAUGGAAGUGGCUGAAUCUCUAUGGCAUAUAAUACGUACUAAUCUAUCGAUGAUAAUGACAUUCACGGGUGAAAUACUAUCGUUGGUGUUAUCUGGUGGCCAGGCUUGUGUUGAAUUCAUAUUGGAUAUGAUUGUUUUCUUUACGGCUCUUUUCUACUUGCUUUCGAGUAGUCAAACGAAAUAUGCUCCCCUACAAGUCACUAAACAUUUGGGUGUUUCUUCAUCGGGUUCCAAAAUUGCCGAAGCUUUGGAAAAUUCUAUAUCUGGUGUUUUGAUUUCCAUGUUUAAAAGUUCCAUAUUUACGGGACUUUUUACCUGGUUGGUUCAUACCAUAUUUGGAGCUCGCAUUGUUUUUCUACCCUCUGCCUUAGCUGCUAUUUUAUCGGCUGCACCAUUUUUGGGUAGUUACUGGUGUGCUUUGCCGGCUCUUUUGGAAAUAUGGCUUGCACAAGAUCGUCUCUAUGCCGGUGUUGUUUUAUUCCUAUUACAAUUCUUUGUGCCUCCCUAUUUUGAGGCUGCCAUAUAUGCUGAAAUGAAGGGUGGUGGUCAUCCCUAUUUGACGGGUUUGGCAAUUGCUGGUGGCAUGUAUUGGAUCGGUUGGCAGGGAGCCAUAUUUGGCCCAUUAAUGUUGUGUUUCUUUAUUGGUAUUUUUGAAGUAGCAGCUGUAGCGAUGCGUGCUAAUGAAGAUGCCAGACGUAGCUCUGAUGAAGAUACUCGUACAACUAAUAUAGCGGUGGUCGAUGCAAUUACCCAAAUGAAAAGUGUCAAUAAUGAACAUAAUAAGAAAAAUUCUAUAAAAUUUUCAAACCAAAAAGUAAACAAAUUAGAAGAAAAUAAAGACAUUACGACAAUGAAAAAAUCUAAUGAAGACAUAAAAUCCUCUAAACAAGAUACUAAUAAGAACGAAAAUUUAACAAAUAAUAAAGUAAACGAUAAAAUAUAUGAACAUCAAUUGGAAGCUAGAAGCACAAACAUUAAGAUGCAUAAAAACGAUGAGAAUAAUGAAGAUAAAGUAAAGAUUUCGAAAGAAUUGGAGAAUUCCUCAAACAGAGAAGUAAUAAACAAUAAUGUUAACCAUAAGAUGAAUGAAAAUAAAUUGGAAACAAGUAAUAAAAACAUUAAAAUGAAUGGAAACUAUGCGAAUAAUCAUAAUAAUAAGGAUCAAAUAAAGAUAUCGGAAGAAUUAAAGACUACCUCAAACAAGGAUGUAAAUGAUGGAGCUAAAACUUUUGAAACAAUCACAACAGCUCAGAAUAAUCUAAAACUAACUGAAAAUAAUAAAUCUCCUCUAACUACACCGAAAUCAGUGGAAUUGAAAAUAGUCACAACUACAUUUCUGCCUGCCACAUUCGAAGAAUAAUUAUACUGAUUCCAAAUGUACUAUAAUAUGUUAUAGUUUGCUUGGUGCGGUACUCUAGUCGGUGAUAAAUAUUAUCUAAAUAUAUGUAGAAAAUAUAUAUAUAAAAAUCAGCAAAGUUUCCAUUAACUAUUUCAUCUUUUUGUAAACUGUAAGCUAACACGAUUUAACAAUUCUCCGUUGUAAUUAAUAAAAGUACUUACUUACAUGGUGCUUAACAUUAUUCCUGCCAAAGGAUUAGACUUUUUUUAUUUUUAAUAUACAUAUUUAUUUUAUAUAAUUUUUUCUUUUCUUUUUUUGUAAUAAAUUUUUGCUAUUUAACAAAUUUUUCA